AUGAUGGCAAACGAGAUGAUUAAUUUCAUGAUUUACCUCGCCCACGGAGGUAGCACUAAGCACGUUGACGACUCCGUGGUGUUGUCGCCAAGAAAGAGUCCUCGUCGAAAGGCCAUUGACGACGAUUGCCUUAUAGUCGGCGUAAGUCGGGACGCGCUCAAGCCCAGAGACCAGCCGCGCAAGAGUCCAGACGUGCUGUGCCCGAUAGACCAUGAGUACUACAAGAAUGCUGUGACCCGGUUUGCAGAAGACCAUCCGGAGUUGGCCAAGAAGCACAUGUCCGGAGAGUUGGAUCCUGUACCGAUAGAACACGACGCGCAGGAUUUGAAACGGACGGAAUAUUUAGUCAAGUAUUGUUCAAGAGAGCUGCCGUUCAUGUCGGUGAACCUGGCACGGAGGGCGCGCGCGCUCCAGACCCUGAGGCUGCCCGACGACGUGGAAAUCCCGGACACCAGCCAGCGCAACUCGUACCGGCCUCCGGGGCUCGAGAAGUUCGCUGAACACCCCUCCAAGAUGUCCAUGAGACCGAAGUUCGAUGAUUCGCUGCAAAAGGAGUUGAGGCGAAUUCUGCGAGUGACCACCGGCGACACUAGCUACAACCUGGGCCACGGGCUCAUGGCCAAGGUGGUGCUGGAGAGGAAUCCAUUCGGACCUCCCCGCGAAGAGCCCAAAUACGGCAGAUGGCGCACGCCCCACUACUACACUUACUACAUU